AUGGUUUCCAGUCUGGUUGCUGUCGUCCUGGGGAUCAUGUUUGGCUUAAUUGCCAAGAGUUUCUUCCAUAUUGGAGAGAUCGAACAACUCUACAUUGGCUUUCCAGGAGAAAUCCUCAUGCGGAUGCUUCAGAUGGUUAUUGCUCCUCUCAUAGUGACUAGUGUGAUAACAGGAGUUUCUGGUCUUAGUGUUGACACCUCCAGAAGAAUAGCUAUGCGUGCUGCAGUUUACUUUGUCUCGACAACUCUCACGUCUUGUACCAUAGGAAUGAUACUGGUAGUAAUAGUCAAGCCAGGGGUCGCUUAUAGUUCAGAGCAAAUUGACACAGAUGAGGACGAGAACUUCUCCACUGUGGAUGCCUUGUUGGAUCUAGUACGGAACAUGGUGCCAGAGAAUCUGGUUCAGGCUUGCUUCCAACAGUACAAGACUGACAGGUUUGAGCAUGAACUUCACAUAUUCGACCAGAAUACUAGCGUGGAAAUGAAUAUCACUGAAGUGGAACUAGUGGCGCACUAUGUUAAUGGAGUCAACACACUGGGCCUCAUCGUAUGUUCUUUCGUUUUUGGACUGACCCUCAAGACGAUGGGAGAGAGAGGAAAAAUCCUUGUGGAACUUCUUUGCAUCCUCAAUGAGGCCACAAAAUAUGUGGUUGACUUGAUCCUUUGCUACUUGCCUCUGGGAGUGAUGUUCAUGAUUGCAAGCCAUGUUGUUGAGGUUCAUGACUGGGAAACUACUUACAAGCUGGGAAAAUUCAUGGCAGUGGUUAUUAUGGGGCUCAUAAUUCAUGCAGUAAUUGUUCUGCCAUCAAUCUAUCUUCUGUGGGUGAGACGUAACCCCUGGGAAGUCUAUAAGGGGGUUUCUCCUGCUUUACUGACUGCAUUGCUCAUCUCAUCCAGCUCUGCCACGCUGCCGCUCACUUUCCAAUGUUGUGAGGAGAGACAGAAAAUUGACAAGAGAAUUUCCCGCUUCAUGCUGCCCAUUGGGACAAAUGUGAACAUGGACGGUACAGCUCUUUAUGAAGUGGUUGCAGCUGUUUUCAUUGCACAACUCACCAACAUCCAGCUGGAUUUGAGUCAGUUAAUCACCCUAGGGGUGACAGCAGCAGUUUCCAGCAUUGGAGCCGCAGGAAUCCCAGCUACAGGAGCUGUCACCACUCUCUUUGUUUUGACUGCAAUUGGUUUACCUGUGAAGGAAGCGUCCAUCUUGGUGGUGGUGGAAUGGCUCCUAGAUCGCUGCAACACUGUUGUCAAUGUCCUCGGAGACUGCAUGGGUGUGGCGCUCGUUGACCAACUGUCCAAAAGAGAACUGGAACUAUUGGAGGAAAAUGAACGGGGCAGGUCAGGGUGAUAUACUGUACUAGAUUGUGUCAGUAUUUUUGUAUUUUCAGUUUAACUUAAUACAUUUGAAGGUGAUAUGGGGUUUUCCAGCAUUUUUCAGACUUCAAAGACUAGAUAAAUUGAGGGGAUAAGGCUGUCCAGUUGUCUUACAGCCAUAGUAAACCAAAUCCAGU